UAAUAGCAUCAAACUGGGUAAUAAGUAUCAAUCAAGUUUUAUGUUUUUAAUUUGUUAAAAUAAACACGAAAUUUUACGCAUAUUAAGAUUAAUUAAAAGUCCAACGGAACAUGGCAGACCUUAAAGUUUGUCGAAUCUGUCUUCGAAUUGGGGGUAAAGUGUACGAAAGCGAACAAUUUCAAUUAAAUAUAUACUACGAAAAUGUUACUGCACUAAAAAUUAUCAAGAUGGAUCAUAUACCACAAUUUUUCUGCUACGAAUGUUCAAUGCUACUUCACAAGUUUCACAAAUUCAAAGAGAAGUGCCAUUACAGCCAGAGAAAGCUAAAGUCUUUACUUGUAAAACAACCGAUAACAUAUCAAGCUAUAAAUAGUAUAAAAACAAACAACAAAGAAAUCUACACAAAUAUGUCUAUAGCAACAGUUAAUAAAAGAGUUAAAACUUACCUUUUUAAUGAAAUGCCAGGUGAGAUAAUUAAGAAAAAUAAAUUUAAAGACAAAAAAAGUGACGAAAAAAAUUAUAACAGCGAUAGUAAUGAAUUAGAUGAUGAUUUGAAUGAUGUUAAUAUAAAGAAUGAAGAUUCUCCACGUUCCGAUGUCCCAUCACCUCUAGAGUCCUCAAGUGACUCUGAUUUCUUUCCAAAACCAGAUGUUACUGAAGUUUUCAUUAAAGAUGAUGGAUUAAAGACUGAUAUAUUUAAAAUUGAAUGUCCUGAAAUAGAGAAAAAUACUGAAGAAACUGAUAUUAAAAAAGAUACGGAAACAACAGAAGAAACAAAAGAUAGAUGUCUUAGAAAAAGAAAGAAAGAAGUAAUUACACAGAAGAAUUAUAAGUUCACAACAAGACGGAGAAGAUAUCUAGAUUCAAAUAAAUGGAGGAAGAUAAGUCUAAACGAAGAAGAGGCAAUCAGAGACUUUGAGAAGAGAGCUAUUGAUCCAAAGUACGUACAGGCAACAUAUCAUUGUAAAGAUUGCUACAAGUUUUUCUCCAAAGAAGAUAUCAUGUUGCGUCAUUUCAAAUUAAGACAUAAUCCGUCCAUAGGUCCAUUUGAGUGCCGUUUCUGCCAUUCCCGAUUCAGAUUGGAGUGUCAUUUGCGCAAACACAUACGUACACAUUAUACUAAGUACGAAUGUUUAGUCUGCAACCUCGUUGUUGCAAUAGAAACAACAGCGCUAAUGCACGAAGAAACACAUGCUGGGAUAACACGAGCUUGCAAAUAUUGUGGGGAACAAUUCAGGCAUAUGUCGACAUAUUAUACGCAUUUGCGUACACAUCGCAGCCGGCAUGUUUGCGCGCUGUGUGGAGCUUCCUUUGUCAGUGCUGCUGGUCUACAUCAGCAUAAGCGUGUUACACAUGUCGGUAGAGAGGAACGUCCCGACAGUGCUGAAAGUGACAACACAUUCUGUGAGAGAUGUCAGAUUAACUUUGAAUCAUCCGGCGCGUUCGCAGAACAUCUGCAAUCAUCAGCACUGCACGCGGAUGUCGAGAAAGAGGACGACGAAGAAGUGCCGGCUCCGAAGCGACGCUCGAAACGGCUAAGAUUCACUUUCACUAGACGAAGAAAACCUAUGGACUGCUAUCAAUGUGGGAAACAUUUUUCAACACAAAUGGAGUGUAUGAAUCAUCAUCAGAAGGAACAUCCAGGCACCUCAUUCUGUCCACCCAGUGAGAGACAUAUCUGUGAAAUAUGUGGAGCUUCUCUAGCUCCGGGCAGUAUAGCGAUGCAUCAGAAUUUGCAUACGAGAGAGAAAAUUUACAACUGCGAGACAUGUGGCCGACAGUUUUACUCCACUGCUGGGUUAAAGCGACAUCGCGUGACUCAUACUGGAGAGAAACCUUACGAAUGUCCGCUUUGUGAGAAACGUUUUACACAGAACAACAGUAUGAAGUUACAUUAUAGGACCAUACAUCUGAAGCAACCAUACCCAAAACGGAUUAGAACGAAGAAAAAAGAUGGCGGACUAAAAUCUGUAGCAAUGGAGAGUGAAGACGAAAUGUUCUAGACUGAACUACAUUCACUAAAAGACCGAAUGAUUGAAUAUUAUCUUACUAGUAUUAUAAAUACGAAAUUUUAGAUGGAUGUUUGUUAGAAGAUAUCUCCGGAAUGGACA